GCAGUUUCUGAGCUCGCGCCGGUGGCGGGAGCCGGGAGCCUUCUCGAGUAGCUGGCAGUGGCUUUUUCACGUGCUGUUCUGCCUGAGACCGAGGCAGGUGCACCACGGGCUCCCCAGCCGAGGCCUGUCUGUGGUUGGGGAGACAGUGAAAGACCCGGCUGGACAGGCCGGACCGGGCUCAGCGCCGCAGGCUCAGACCCGGCCUUUAAGGGGAGAGGCCUGAGAGGAAAGCCCAGAGCGGGGCUGGGACUGCAGUGAAGCGACGCUGACGCUCAGAAAACUGCUGGGAGGCGGUGGCGCGAGGUGGGACCUAAAUGCUGGAGGAAGGAGCCCUCUUGAAGCAUCAGGGACGUUCAGAAUGGGAGCCCGUUGGCUUCACCUCAUAUUGAGGAUGGGUUCAAUCCAGUUGGAUUGUGAAAUCGUGGAGGAUACUGGAGAUUUAGAAUCAGAAGGCUAGGAUUCCUGUUUAAGCUCUGGGGUACCAGCCAGCUUUCUUAGCCUGUGUUUCUUCAUGGAGGAAAAGAGCCACCUUCUCCAGAUCCUGCCCUUCCCCAAGAGGAAGGCACAGAAGAGGAAGGAAUGGCAGGUGGUCUCCUCACAGCUGGGCCCCAAGGAUCCACACCUUUCAGCAGUGUGACUGUAGCUUUUACCCAGAAGGGAUGGAGGCAGUUGGCCCCUACUCCGAGGGACAGGUUCAAGGAAGGGAUGCCAGAAAAGUCCAGAAACCUGGUCCUACUGGGACUUCCAGUCUCCCAGCCUGGUAUGAACUCCCAGUUGGAACAAAGGGAAGGUUCAUGGAUGCUGGAGAGAGAAGGCCUAAGGAGUACCUGUCCAGAUUGCAAGAUCGUAUCUGAAUCACCACCUGAACAAGACAUUUCUGAAGAAUCAUUCCAAGACCCAAGUGUAGAGAUGCCCUCUGGGGAGUCAGAUCACAGGAACAGUGAACUGGGGAAGAGCUUCAACCUGAGACCAGUUCUUUCUCCACAGCAGAGAAUUCCUACAGAAGUGAGACCCCGUAAAUGUGAAACACACACAGAGAGCUUCAGGAAGAAUUCAGAUAUAAUUAAACCUCACAGAGCAAAGCCGUACAUAUGUAAUGAAUGUGGCAAAGCCUUCAGUUACUGUUCUUCCCUUUCUCAGCACCAGAAGAGCCACACUGGGGAGAAGCCAUAUGAGUGCAAUGAAUGCAGGAAGGCCUUCAGCCAGAGCUCAUCUCUUAUUCAGCACCAGAGGAUUCACACUGGAGAGAAACCUUAUAAAUGCAAUGAAUGUGGAAGAGCCUUCAGCCAGAAUGCAAACCUUACAAAACACCAGCGAACUCAUACUGGAGAAAAGCCCUACAAAUGUAGUGAGUGUGAGAAAGCCUUCAGUGACUGUUCAGCCCUUGUUCAGCAUCAGAGAAUUCACACUGGAGAGAAGCCUUAUGAAUGUAGUGACUGUGGGAAGGCCUUCCGCCACAGUGCAAAUCUUACAAACCACCAGAGGACUCAUACAGGGGAGAAGCCCUACAAGUGCAGCGAAUGUGGGAAAGCUUUCAGCUACUGUGCAGCAUUUAUUCAGCACCAGAGAAUCCAUACAGGGGAGAAACCCUACAAAUGUAAUGCAUGUGGGAAGGCCUUCAGCCAAAGUGCAAACCUCACAAACCACCAGAGGACUCACACUGGAGAGAAACCCUACAAGUGCAGUGAGUGUGGGAAGGCCUUCAGCCAAAGCACAAACCUUAUAAUCCACCAAAAGACCCACACUGGGGAGAAGCCUUAUAAAUGUAAUGAAUGUGGGAAAUUCUUCAGUGAGAGCUCAGCCCUUAUUCGACAUCAUAUAAUUCACACAGGAGAAAAACCUUAUGAGUGCAAUGAGUGUGGAAAGGCAUUUAACCAGAGCUCAUCCCUUAGUCAGCAUCAGAAAAUUCACACUGGUGUGAAACCUUACGAAUGUAGUGAGUGUGGAAAGGCCUUCAGGUGUAGUUCAGCUUUCAUUAGACAUCAGAGACUCCAUGCUGGAGAGUAACUGGGAACAUAACCAAAGUGAAU